AUGACAUCUGAGACGGACGAUCCCAGCCGACAUCCUCUGGUAGUGGCUUUGCGAGCCCUCCUGAGAGAGACCCAUGGCAGUUGCCGCUCUUUCAUCAAGGAUGCCGCCAUAGCUGCGCACCAAGCUGCGUCACAGGGUUCCCUCGGCGCGCAUGACUUGGCUGCUGGGCAACGCGAGGAGCUUCAGGACAAGCUGGAGGCUUUCUCUGGAGACCAGUGCUCGGAGUCUGUCAGACUCGUUUGGGAUACUUUGUUCUUCGCCCGUGACACUCCGCAGGACCAAGGACUUGACUUGGAAGAGAUUGAGGAAUUGGUGUUAGCACACCUUGUGGCCUUCCCGGAAUUUUUGGCGCAAUCUCUGGUUGUGAAUCUGUUCCAGCAAGUACGCCUGGGGCAAAGCUUCCUCCACGAAGCAGAUCGACUGAUUGAUGUCUCAGCUGUGGUUCAGGAGCUCCAGCCACGGCUGCAGAAGCACAAGGCGACUGCGCUCAAAAUUGCUGAGGGCUGCUGUGAACAUUUGCAGGCUCGAUCGGAGACCUUGGCCUCCAAGCUGCUGAGAAGAAUGGACUUGGACGGAGAUGGUUUCGUGGGGGAAUCGGACUUCCUCACUUCUGCGGUUCAUGCCCUCGCAAUUGAGGUGGAGAAUGUUGCUGUGUCGGUUGGGGUGCAGCAGUUGCUGAACGAUGAAAGCUUCGCGGACGAUUUUCAUGAGGCUGUCGGCUGCACGCUUGGGCUGAGCUGCUGUGCCCCUCGGAUCGCAGGGAUCGGGGAAGCGCUCGUGAAUUUCGGAAUGGCACGACAUGAAACUGUUCGAAGGCAGCUGGCAGCCGUGCUGCUGCGAAGCGCCGUGCGUCCAACCGAGCCUGCCGCAAGGACUGCAGCCGGGUGGCAAAGUGCAGCAUCAGAGGUCAAGCAGAGCGUCCGGGAGGCAGUACUUCGCGCCUCCGUCGAUCCCGAUGUUGCUGUCGCGCGCGCGGCGGCAGCAGCUGCCGGCAGCUGUGCGGCGCAGGACGUCCCGUCUGGGCAGUGGGUCGAGCUGCUGCCCACGUUGGAGAGGUGGAGUGCAGAGGAAGGCCAGACUCAGAUCGCGGCGCUGCGUAUCAUGGGCUUCUGGGCGGAGGAGUGGUGGCAGUCCUUCGUUUGUGAGCAGGGCGGUCAGGAGAUCCGGACCACGGUGUUAAGGAUGUUGAAGGCUUCCCUUCGGUUGCUCACUUGCUUACCGAUCGGUGGCAUCAGAGAGAAUCAGUUGGUGGCAGCAGAGACCGUGUUUCAAUUGCUGGGGUGUGCGCGGGAUGUCCUUCGGCCAGAUGACGCGCUUAGCCGAGAACUGCUGGAUGCAUUGGUGUUGGCCUGCCGGACGGCGCUGUUACAAUGCCAUCAGCGAGGGCAGUCACCGUCCCAGCUCACGGAGCUCGAUCACCUGCUUGCCAGUGCCACUUUGCGUUGCCUUGGCCGCUUGGCCACGGAAUCUGUCACUGUGCUUUCGCCGAAUCUGUGCCGUGUGGCCCCCACAGUGCUGCAGUCAAUGCAGGGGACACCAUCAGCCGUUUCAGUAAUUGCCGUGGAGUUCUGGAGCAGCCUUGCGCUUCAUGACAUCGCCGCGGCCUCAUGUGGAACCUACGCUGGGGAGGGACUUGUUGCAGACUUCCUGCCGCAGCUGGUGCCUCUUCUGCUAUCAAUGCUUGCAGCAUCAGAUGCUGGGCGUUGGAAUGAUCAGCAGCUGGUUGAGGCUGCCUCAGUGUCUUUGCAGCUAUUAGUCAAAGCCGACAAGGACGAGUUUUGCAUCCGCCAGAUUUUUCAGUUCUUGUCCCGGCACCAUGCAUCCAGCCAGAUUGGAGGGCCAGGGUUUGGAGACUUGCUCGCGCUGGAUGCACUGCUGGAGGCCAGGGAAAGGGAGGCAGCCGAAGCGGUAGGUCUCUUUUGCCCACUGGUGUCGGCUGCUAUGGUUCAUGGCAACCCCUCUUGGCGGACUCAGGCAGCAAAGACGGCCACGAGGGCCUUACAGAUGCAGAAGGAGUGCAUUCCGCACGCGGUUAAGGAGAGCUGGCUCCAGACCAGCCUUGUGGCGAUCCGUGACGAAUCCAUGUCCUUCGACUUCGGGCAGGUGCUGCAAGAGCUGAUGUCCCAGGCCUGUGCCUCCCCAAAGACUUUCGAGAUCCUGGCGGGCCAGCUGCUCGCAGCUUUUGAGGACGUUCCUCCAAACUCGCCGGCAGGACCUGCACUCCUCAGAGCCCUCGCUGGCCUCAUUGAAAGCUCCAGCUGCGAGCCUUUCCUCGGAGCAUUGCUCUUGAAGUUCCUGGAUGCCUUAGAGAAGUGCAGGCAUAUGAAUGGGGCCGGCGGCUGCCUGAAGGCCUUGACGCUUCGUCUCGGCUCCGGGGUCCUCGAAUUUGCGGACCGCCUCCUCCAGUUCUGUGCAAGCCGCAUGCUCGACAGCACUCUCCAAGAAGAAGGCUUACUGGCCACCGUGGCUUUGGUGAAGGCACUCGGCGAGAGUCACCCCUCUGAUUUGGCAUCGCUGUGGCCUGCCAUUGCCCGAGUCCUGGCCGAGCGAGACCAGCCGGAGGCUUUGAAACUUGCCAUCGAAAUCCUCCAGGCAGCAGCGGAGACGCUGGAGCCCCGCCACCUUCUCCCGCUGGCGGCGCAGGCGGUUCCCGGCCUCCUUGCUUUGCUGGAGGAUUCGAGUCAGCAGGCGGCAGCGGCGGAAUGCCUCAGCACGUUGGCUGCUGCGCUCGGGGCAGAUGCGCCGCAUCUUGAGGCAACGGUCGCAGGCUUCUGCAGGCUGGGCCAGUCUACACCUGUUGCAGCUAUGCCUGCGAAGCCCCGCCUGGAGGCCCAAGGAUCAUGGAAGCCGAGCUCCGUUAUCCAGCGCAUGGAGGACUGGCGACUCCGCGCACUUGCCCUUCAUGCAGCCCUGCUCCAGGGGCUUGCCAAGAUCUUGGAAGUGUUCUCGCGGCAAGGCGUGCUUCAUGCUGUUGAGACGCAGCUGCCUGCGGUUCUCAACUACCUCGCCCUUCGGAUCCGCUUUAUACCCAGGGGGCGAGGGCCUGCUGCCACGCGAAUCUUGGAGACAUGCUGCCACUGCAUCGCAGAUAUUCUUUCAUCCUAUCCUGAUGCUGCUACCCACUUCGCCCGGGUGGCCGAUCCACAAAGCUUGAAGCAUUUCUUGGCCAUCGCGGCAGCAUCGGCAGAUGAGAGAUCGAGGAGCCUGGUACAUGUCAUGCCCCUGCGAGCUUGA